GACUACAAUGAAGGCAGCUCUGUUGUUUGUUGCUGCACUGGUCGCAGUUGCGGUGGUCCAAGGACAACCAGAAGAGUCGACCACUGCCGCCAGCCAGGGUCAGGAACAGCCGUCCGCCACCAACCCGGCUGUGAGAACAUUGGUGGCAGCGUCGUAUGCGGAAGAGGACGAAGAUACCAUUUGUGUCCAGGCAGACAACAAGUUCUACUUGUAUGCUAAUUCACUGAAGCUGUAUUCUUGCUACAACCUGCUACCGAAGGUUUACGUGGUGAAACCAAAGAGUCUAUGUAAACCAACCCUGUCAGACUGUCCCACGAACUAGAAGCAUUGCAAGUCUGUCGGCUCAUCCUGCAGGAGCUAACUAGCCUGUGAUUGAGUGAAGACCAGAUGGCUGGACUGCUGACUGAAGACAUCUACAAUUUCCAGAGAACACCAGAAAUUCCAGCAGCGUCAGAACUUACCUCUUUUUCUAACAACAAAAACCGGUGGAAUGAACUAAACCUCCUUUAUGAUAGUUUUCGAUGGCAAUAGAUCAGCUAUACAUUUAGAACUGACUGCAAAAUUUA